AUGGCAUUCUCCAGGUCCGCGGAUCAGCCCGCCGCCCUGGCCGAGGGCCGGCGCAUCUACCUCGGCAACCUGCUCUACGUCGCCCAGCCGGCCGAGAUCGAGGAGAUGCUCAGGGACAACGGCUUCCCCGAGUACGAAAAGAUCCACAUCUCCAUGGACCCCGUCUCGGGCCGCAACCCGGGGUACUGCUUCGUCGACUUCCUGGGCCGCGACGACGCCGACCGCGCGCUCUCGUCCCUCGACGCCUCCAUCCGCGGCCGGCCCCUCAAGGUCGGGCCCUGUGAGCCCAAGAAGCAGCAGCAAAGGACGGCGACGGCGGCGACGGCGGGUGGAGGCCGCUGGAAGAGCGACAGGGAGCCGGCGGCCUUCCAGCGAUGGGGCAACUGGUCCGGCCAGAGGGACCGCGCCGGCGGCGACGACUCGGAGGACAAGGGCGGCGUCGAGCAGGGGCCGUCCGCCGCCAUCGAGCACUUUGACGGGGUGGUCGCCACCGACACGGACGGGCGGCGUCUUUACGUCGGCGGCCUGGCCAAGAUGGUUGACCAGCAGCAAAACCAGGAUGAGAUGCGUGAGAUCUUGGGCGACUUCAAGCCGGUCGCCAUCGGCAAGCGCAUCACCCCUCACGAGUCCAAGAGGACCGCGCCGGGGAACCACCACUACUGCUUCGUCGACUUCGCCACCGUCGAGGAGGCCGCGGCCGCCAGGGACGCGCUCGACGGCAAGUCGUGGGCGGGCGAGCGCCUGCGCGUCAACGUCGCCCGACCCCUGCCGGACAAGCUGAGGGACCGCGCACGCCCCAAGGACCCGGCGUCGCCGGCCAGGGACAACACGGCCUGGGGUGAACGACCUACGCGGAGCAACCGGUCUCCGGGUGGCGAGCGGUCGUCGUGGCGGAAGCCCGACGGUAACGGCGGCAACGGCAGCAACGGCGACUCGGCAGGCGGGAGCAGCAGCAACAGCAACAGCAACAGCAACAGCAACAGCAACAGCAACAGCAACAGCAACAGCAACAGCAACAGCAACAGCAGCAAGCCUUCACAGCCGCUCAGGUCCCUUGCGUCGGGGAACUGGCGUCAGAGAGAAUAG